ACGCGUAUCCGCUUGGCUGUAUGUGAAAGCCUGCAGUCCCUCCGCCAUCUUUACUGUCUCCUCAGUAGUCUCGCAGUCCGGAGCAGGGAGGGGACCCGAGGUGGGUUACACACACGCAGACCGCGCGGGCCUGACAGGACCUGCAGCUUCCGCCGUGACCAUGAAACCCAGAGCAGCUGAGGGAGCCGCCUGCCAGUAGCCGGUUGCAGCAGCGCCUCACCCCCCCUCCGCUCACGACCGUUAUCUCCGAUUGUCCGAGGCGAUUGAGCCCAUCAUGUCGUCCGCUCGCUUUGACUCGUCGGAUCGUUCGAGCUGGUACUUCGGGCCGGUGUCGCGGCAGGAGGCACAGACGCGACUGCAGGGGCAGCGGCACGGCGUCUUCCUUGUCCGGGACUCGUCCACCUGCCCCGGAGAUCACGUGCUGUCCGUCUCGGAGAACUCGCGGGUCUCCCACUACAUCAUCAAUUCUCUGCCCGGACGGCGCUACAAGAUCGGGGACCAGGAGUUCGACAACUUACCGGCCCUGCUAGACUUCUACAAGAUCCAUUACCUGGACACCACCACCCUCAUCGAGCCGGCACUGAGAUAUCCGAGCCCGCCUGUGGGGACAGGUUCUGCCUCUACUGUCCAUGCGUCGGAGGAAAACUUGGAGUGUGUACGGACUCUUUAUGACUUCCCUGGCAAUGACGCCGAGGACCUUCCUUUUAAAAAAGGUGAAAUCUUGAUCAUUGUAGAAAAGCCUGAGGAACAAUGGUGGAGUGCCCGGAACAAGGACGGUCGCGUUGGUAUGAUCCCUGUGCCCUAUGUGGAGAAGCUACCCCGUGUGUUUCUUCAAGGAGUGAUGGGGAACAGGAAUUCCAAUAGCUAUGGCAUCCCCGAGCCUGCACAUGCCUAUGCUCAGCCUCAGACUCCCAGCCCUCUGCCCGCCUCUUCUACCCCUCCUGGCGCAGUUAUCACCCCAUUACCAUCCACGCAGAAUGGACCUGUCUAUGCUAAAGCCAUUCAGAAACGAGUGCCCUGCGCUUACGAUAAGACGGCCCUUGCGCUGGAGGUGGGUGACCUUGUGAAAGUGACUCGCAUGAAUAUUAACGGCCAAUGGGAAGGGGAGGUGAAUGGCCGAAAAGGGCUUUUUCCCUUCACACAUGUGAAAAUAAUUGACCCUCAGAAUCCGGAUGACAAUGAGUGACUGGCGUGAUCUCCUCACUUCUCCUCCUCCAGGUCCUCUGAAGCUCCCCUGGCCUCCUCCUCUUUCAGCUGCCUGGUCAUUUGACACGCGCUCCAGAGUUCACCUACUGACGCAUGUAACAUAGCUGUGUUUGUCCAUGAUGCGAGCUGCUGCUUCCCACGUUUUCAAGGGUCUGCCGUGCUGCCAGCCGCUAAUCCUGUUGCUGUGGAGAACCAUACCUGGUGGCUUUCUGAAGCGUUGUUGUUUUUUUUUUUUUUUUGUUUGUUUUUUUCUCCCCCUUUUCCUCUUAAAGAAUUUGUGUUUUAUGGACUCACACAGCGCCACAAAAUAGUGAUUUCUAGAAAUGACCCCUGCUUCCGUCAUUUCGGAGAACGAAGAGAUUGUGACCGAUCCGUUGGGAUCCCUACAAUCCCUCUUGCUGGUGGGGAGAUCCAAGUGUAUGAUGGUUAAACUGAGGCCUUUAUUUAUACUGCGAACCAUGGCAAUUGUUGUUCUGCGCAGGAAUUUGACUACUUCCCCUUUCAAAUGCAGAGUUCUGUCGCUGCAGCAGAGGACGCCGCCUGCCAGUCCUUCCAGCGGAAAUUCCAGUUUUCUCUUGUGCUCUGAUGCAGUGUGAUUCUUCUCGGUGCCAUUAUCCGUUUGUACUGUGAGGUGUCUAGCGGGUAGAUCUUAGGAAUGUGAUUUUUAUUUUUAUUUUUUUUCCUGGACUUUUUUGGUUUCCGUCAUGAGAAUGAACACCCCCUUUCAUUGCAGAAUGUUCCGUAUUGCCUAAGAAGCCACGUAUUGAGUUUCCGCAUGUAUUCCGAUUGCUUGGAAUAUCCUAGAUCCAUUCAUUUAAACUCCUUUGUUGGCCUUUUUUUAUGCGGUGGGCGCUGGUGCUCUGCUGCCACGUAAUAGCACAAAAGGAGGAAACACACAAUGAGCCAGCUCCUUAAGUCUUGUCUGAAUCUUGUUUUGCCCACUUUAUCUGGAACGCUGCAAAAAAAAAGACUAUGCAAGGGAAAAUUUGCCUUGACUCCAGA